AUGUAUAGUCUGAUGAAGUACCUCAUGUUCAGACUAUAGUAGUACAUUAGGUGGAUGUCCUAAUUUGCUGCCCUGUUGGAGCUUCUUAAGACUUAAGUGAUUCAUGAGAGAGGGAGAAUUUUAUGAAAAGCUUAUAAGUGCUUUCCUUACUGAAAAACAGAGUCAUGUGUUUUUAACUAAGACAAGUGUGCAGUCAUCUGAGUAUAUAAGUCAAAGAUCUAUGGUAGACAUUUAUUUUAGUUGAUUCUAAUGUAUUUGGUGAUGUAGCAUUUUUUAAAAAUUAUUCUCCAUUUACAUGAUGCCCUUGCCAUGAAAAUUUGAUGUAGCAAGAAGAACCCUCGCUUUUUAUUUAGCACAUAAUGGGCACUAUAUUAUAGCUCAAUCGAUAAGUGCUUAGCUGAGCCCCAACUCUAGAGAACUCUGUCGCCAAAAAUGUGCCUAGCUCUGCCAUAGUCUCUUCAUCCUGAAAGUUAGCUUAUUCUUACUGCUCCUCCUCCUCCCCACUUUCCAUGUCCUGAGGAUUGAAGCCUCGGGUUCUAUACAUGCUACACAACAUGAUCACUGAGCUACACCCUAAGGCCCAUAUUCUGGAUGUUUUCAGAGUCUCUUUGGGUUUGAACUUUCAGUGAUUUUAUUUAAUUUUGUAAGCUAUGUAGAUUAGCACUUGAGGUUUUUCUUGGAUCCACAUAUAUUAAAUUUACAUUAGAUCACAUCAUGUAUCUGCUGAUCCUUUGGUUAUUUUAAGUGCCACUUACAGUGAUUCUGAGUAUUGGCAUAAUUUAAAAAUAUUUUCCAAUGCAAAAAUGCCAGUAAGUGAAAUGAGGAAGGGCUGAUAUAGAAGCUAGGCUCUGCCUUCCUUUCCAGCUUAGUUUCUUGGAAAUAUGUUUUUGCUCACUAAUAAACCCAGAGGUUGGACUUUUUAAUUUAGAUUUUAUCAGCUGAGAAUUGAAUUUUAGUUACUAGAGCCUUGCCUUUAACAUGUAAGUUCCAUUUCUAUUCAUUUGUGAUGGAAAGAAUUUGUCCUUUAGUCUAAAAGGUUGUUGUUUUUUGUUUUGUUGUGUUUUGCAUGUAGCCUUUGUUUUCUAAGCAUAGUUAUGAAACUCUUCCUUACUGACAGGGAACACCCAUGGCAUGGCUAUAUAUAUCUUGAAAGUCAUCUUGAGGCCAUGUCUUGUAUAUGGGUAUAAACAAUACAAAGGCUAAAUUCCCACUUGUGCAUCAGCAACUUUUAUUAUUUUAAAGGCAGUGACUAGUUUCACUUGCUUUUAAGAGUCAUAGUUAAGAAAUACUGCCAUUUCUCAGGAUUCUAAAAUGGCAUUCGUUUUACUGGUUGUAAAAAUUGUUAGGACUGCUGGGAAUCAGGAGAAAAAAAACACUUCAACAGGAUUUGGUUAUCAGCAAAUCUGUUGCAGUUUCCUGUUCUGGCCUCCCUACCUAUCAGCUACAAGAGAGCCUCUGUAGGCAGGUUUCUCCUUUCUUUUACCACAGGAAAACUGUCCAGCCUUUUUUUCUAGCAUUUUCAGGACCCGCCUGACAGGAAAUUUUCUAAUUGCCGGAACAGCUGGUAGGAGCAGACUUUGCAGGGCUUGGCCUCCUCUUUCUAACUUAAGUUUUACCAUCAGGAAUUCUUUAUCAGCAGCAUGGGUUCGUAGCCAUGUUUAAAUUUUUGUCUUUUCGUGUUCGCUCUAUACAGGAAGAAGGCAGUAUCAAAGAAAUUGCAAUCACACAUCAUGUGAAGGAAGGACAUGAAAAGGCAGAUCCUUCCCAGUUUGAGCUUUUGAAAGUAUUAGGGCAGGGAUCAUUUGGAAAGGUUUUCUUAGUUAAAAAAAUCUCAGGCUCUGAUGCUAGACAGCUUUAUGCCAUGAAGGUAUUAAAGAAGGCCACACUGAAAGUUCGAGACCGUGUUCGGACAAAAAUGGAGCGUGAUAUCUUGGUAGAAGUCAAUCAUCCUUUCAUUGUCAAAUUGCAUUAUGCUUUUCAAACUGAAGGGAAGUUGUAUCUUAUUUUGGAUUUUCUCAGGGGAGGAGAUUUGUUUACACGCUUAUCCAAAGAGGUGAUGUUCACAGAAGAGGAUGUCAAAUUCUACUUGGCUGAACUUGCACUUGCUUUAGACCAUCUGCAUAGCCUGGGAAUAAUCUAUAGAGACUUAAAACCAGAAAACAUACUUCUUGAUGAAGAAGGUCACAUCAAGUUAACUGAUUUUGGCCUAAGUAAGGAGUCUAUUGACCAUGAGAAGAAGGCUUAUUCUUUUUGUGGAACUGUGGAAUAUAUGGCUCCAGAAGUAGUCAAUCGUAGGGGUCAUACUCAGAGUGCUGACUGGUGGUCUUUCGGUGUGUUGAUGUUUGAAAUGCUCACUGGUACACUACCUUUCCAAGGAAAAGAUCGUAAAGAAACAAUGACUAUGAUUCUUAAAGCCAAGCUUGGGAUGCCACAGUUUCUGAGUCCUGAAGCCCAGAGUCUUUUACGAAUGCUUUUCAAACGGAAUCCUGCAAACAGAUUAGGUGCUGGACCAGAUGGAGUUGAAGAAAUUAAAAGACAUUCAUUUUUCUCAACAAUAGACUGGAAUAAACUUUAUAGAAGAGAAAUUCACCCACCUUUUAAGCCUGCAACUGGCAGGCCUGAAGAUACAUUUUAUUUUGAUCCUGAGUUUACUGCAAAAACUCCCAAAGAUUCACCUGGCAUUCCACCUAGUGCUAAUGCACAUCAGCUUUUUCGGGGGUUUAGUUUUGUUGCUAUUACCUCAGAUGAUGAAAGCCAAGCUAUGCAGACAGUUGGUGUGCAUUCAAUUGUUCAGCAAUUACACAGGAACAGUAUUCAAUUUACUGAUGGAUAUGAAGUAAAAGAGGAUAUUGGCGUUGGCUCAUACUCCGUUUGUAAGAGAUGUAUACAUAAAGCCACAAACAUGGAGUUUGCAGUGAAGAUUAUUGAUAAAAGCAAGAGAGAUCCAACAGAAGAGAUUGAAAUUCUUCUUCGUUAUGGACAGCAUCCAAACAUCAUUACUCUAAAGGAUGUAUAUGAUGAUGGAAAAUAUGUGUAUGUAGUAACAGAACUUAUGAAAGGAGGCGAAUUGCUGGAUAAAAUUCUUAGACAGAAGUUUUUCUCAGAGCGAGAGGCCAGUGCUGUCCUGUUUACUAUAACCAAAACUGUUGAGUAUCUUCAUGCACAAGGGGUGGUUCACAGAGACUUGAAGCCUAGCAACAUUCUUUAUGUGGAUGAAUCUGGUAAUCCAGAAUCUAUUCGAAUUUGUGAUUUUGGCUUUGCAAAACAGCUGAGAGCGGAAAAUGGUCUUCUCAUGACUCCUUGUUAUACUGCAAAUUUUGUUGCACCAGAGGUUUUGAAACGACAAGGUUAUGAUGCUGCCUGUGAUAUAUGGAGUCUUGGUGUCCUCCUUUAUACAAUGCUUACUGGUUACACUCCAUUUGCAAAUGGUCCUGAUGAUACUCCAGAGGAAAUAUUGGCACGGAUAGGUAGCGGAAAAUUCUCACUCAGUGGUGGUUACUGGAAUUCCGUUUCAGAUACAGCAAAGGACCUGGUAUCAAAGAUGCUUCAUGUAGAUCCUCAUCAGAGACUGACUGCUGCUCUUGUGCUCAGACAUCCUUGGAUUGUCCAUUGGGACCAAUUGCCACAAUACCAACUAAACAGACAGGAUGCACCACAUCUCGUAAAGGGUGCCAUGGCAGCUACAUACUCUGCUUUAAAUCGCAAUCAGUCACCAGUUUUGGAACCAGUAGGCCGUUCUACUCUUGCUCAGCGGAGGGGUAUUAAAAAAAUCACCUCAACAGCCCUGUGAAGUGACCUCAGUGAGAUACUUGGUACCAUGAUGUAAGCUGAUAGCACAAGUUCUGGCGACAGGUAGCACAUACCUGAGAGACACUUGCAAGCACACACUGUCCCAGCUGGUACCCAUAAUGCUGCUGCUCCUGCUGUUCCUGCUUUCAUCUCUUCUCGCUUUAAUUGAUUCUUAGCAAGUUAGAUUUUCCUGGAGCUUCGAAAUGAAAAUGGAAACGGAAACAUGAUGAAGAUAUAAUCACUGAAUCAACACGAAAAAUAAUGAACACAUGAAUACCACCUAAAAUACACUGAAUAAAAGUACUCUACACCAUAUAGCAUUAUUUUUAUAGGAAAUAUUUCAUGUCCCCUAAAUAUUCUUUUGUUAGUUAUAGGGAUGGACAGUUUAUGUUAAGCACUUAGCUUAAACAAUCCGUUUAUAUUAGCACUGUAUCCCUUGUGCCAUCCAACAUUUUGUAUGUUUUUGUAAACAGUUCAUAUACAGUACAUUUCUGUACUGAUUUCUUUAAUGUAUACAUGCCUUGUUUAACUUGGAGUCUAUUAAUCAAUUGACUAUUAAAUCUGGAUAAAUAGUUCACCUGGACUAACAGUAUUGUUGGGGAACCUUAAAGAUGGCCAGACUGAUUGAACAGCUGUUGAAUGUAAUUCUUUCAAAUUGUACAUAUCUUCCUCCAUCUGUUUCACUGGUUUGUUCAUUUGUUUCUUCAAGUCAGGUGCUCUGUCAGACUAACCUAAAGAGCUGUUAAUGGUAGAGAAAGUUGUUGUGUGUGUGGCAUGAAAUCAAGAAUACACCUAUGAAGUUAAUCCAUAUACUUUGUGAUUUCUUAGGGUUUCCUUUCCUUAAUUAAGGAAGUAAUCCUUGAACUUUUAACCUUACAUAGUGCUCAUACUUAGUAUUUGGCGUAUCAUUUGAAAUCUUGCCAACGUACAUCAAAGGCCUUUAAAAGAAUCAUAUUAAAGAAAUUGGAAAAGGAAAAUUUAGCAAUUGGUAAUUAAAGCCUUACAUGAAUAUUUCAUGUUUAAAUAGGUGUUCUAUAUUAAACACUAAUUUGAAUGUAAUAAAGGCCACAGGCCUCCAUAUGAAAUUGGAUUUAAACUUUAUUAUUCUAGAGAAUAAACUAUUCUUGGGCAAA